UAUCUUUUCCAAAACCCUGCCUGCCUUAUCUUCAGAACAACGGUAGCACGAAGUUAUCGGAAAACCCGACACCGAUGGCAGCUCCGAUUACCACCAGCACUUCAUUAUUUUCCCAGUCUUCUCUAUUCACACUCGCACUAAAACCUCAGCUAUAUUCACCAAAAACCUUAAUUCAAUCAACUCACAGAGUCUACCAUACCGGAGUUUCUACGUCGCCAUGUCUAUUAAAUCGAGCUUUAAGGUUUCAUCAUGUGCAUCACAGAAACAAGGAAGCUUUGAAGAGAGGCCUCUCUUCGGUUUGUUUCUACAAGAAUAAAGAUUCUAUAAAUGACAAGGGAAGUGGAUUAGAGUGGCCAAUCCUGCAACGAUGGGAUGUACCAUGGGAGUGGUAUACAGUUUCACUGACUUCACUUGCUUGUGGAUUAGGUUUUGUUUUGACAGGGCUUGUAGAGGCUGCAGCUCUUCCAUAUCUUGGCCUUCAAAUUGGAGAAUUAAGUCUUGAUGAGAAGGCAGAAAUACUCUUUUUUGAUCAGGCCUUCACAACAGCUGUUAUACUUGCAACACUUUAUAGUGUCACAAACAGAAGUGGACAAAAAGACUUGUAUAGCUAUGAUUGGAGGAAUCCUUUUGAUCUUCAAAAAGGAUGGCUUUUAUGGGCUGGAAUAGGUCUUGUUGGAGCCUUGAUUACUAUCUCACUUACUGGAGUUGCCAUGGCCUUUUUCAGUGGCGAGCCACCUCAAAGAGAGACUGAUGCUCUUGUUCGCUUGCUUCCUUUGAUUGGAUCCUCAAGUGUCAGUACUAUAUGCUUGUUAGGCAUCACAGGUGUUCUAGCUCCAGUUCUUGAAGAAAAUGUGUUUCGUGGUUUCCUUAUGGUGUCUCUUACAAAGUGGGUGCCAACACCGAUUUCAGUUCUUAUAAGUGCUGCGGUGUUUUCAGCAGCACAUCUCACUCCUGGGGAGUUUCCACAGCUCUUUAUACUUGGAACUGCUUUGGGAUUUUCAUAUGCCCAAACUCGAAAUCUUCUCACUCCGAUAACAAUACACGCGCUUUGGAACUCGGGUGUUAUUGUAUUGUUGACCAUUCUCCAAAUUCAAGGAUAUGAUAUCAAGGAACUAUUGCAAGUGUCCUGAUAUAAAUCGUAUAUUAUCGGAUUUAAGUAUGUACAUGUACAUCGCUUUCCUUUCUUGAUCUGGGAUAUUGUAAUUUACCUUUCUAGGUAGAUAUACAUAUACAUAUAUGUAUGUGUACAUACACACGUUUAAAUUUCAAAUUAACUACAUAAUGAAUUGGUUA